CUUAAUAUAGAUCCGGCAUGAGCUUUGCUGCAGUCACUUCCAGCCGCUCAGUGAGCACCACUGGGUUCUGGGGGAAAAUUCUCUCAAGGCAGUGUUGAACCAGGGACGCCUGUUACCUGCAGGACUUUCUUGAGAGUUUCUCUAAUCAGCUUUGAUUAUUUCUCCUUUUCUUGUACGAUAGAAAAAUAUAGAAAAGAAUCAUGUCUGAACACAGCAAGAAUUCAGAUGAGGAGAUCUUUGAUGGGGACAUUGAUGAAGAUGAAAUCUUGGCCAACUUAUCCCCUGAAGAACUAAGAAAACUACAGUCAGAAGUGGAAGUCAUGGCCCCUGACCCCAGGCUUCCCGUGGGAAUGAUUCAGAAGGAUCAAACCAACAAGCCACCAACAGGAGACUUUGACCAUAAAUCUCUUAUUGAUUAUAUGUAUUGGCAGAAGGCAUCCAGACGCAUGCUGGAAGAUGAACGUGUUCCUGUCACCUUUGCACCAUCUGAGGGAGACACUGAAGAGCAGCAUGAAGAAAUAGACAAAGGUAGUAAAAAUGUGCCCCAGUAUUUAAAAGAAAAGCUCAAUAAUGAAAUCAUUGCAAGUAAAAGAGAAUCAAAGGGCAGCCCUGAUGCCCAAGAAACAGAUGAUGAUGAUGAAGAAGAUGAUGAUGAUGAUGAUGAAGAUGAAGAAGAUGAAGAUGGAGAAGAUGAAGAUGACAGUGAUGACGAUGAUAGUGAAGAGAGUAAUGAAAAAACAAAAAGAGCCGAGGACGGUGAAGUAAAGGAACAAAUCAGAAAUGGUGAGAGCAACUGCCAACCAGUAACUAAGAAAGCAUUUGAAGGACAGAAAGACAUACCAGAGACCCAAGAAAAAAGUGAGAAAAAAAUAUCAAAAUUAGAUCCUAAGAAGUUAGCUCUAGAUACCAGUUUUUUGAAGGUAAGUGCAAGGCCGUCAGGAAACCAGACAGACCUGGAUGGGAGCUUGAGGCGAGUUAGACAAAAUGAUCCUGACAUGAAGGAACUCAACCUGAACAACAUUGAAAACAUCCCCAAGGAAAUGUUACUAGACUUUGUCAAUGCAAUGAAGAAAAACAAACACAUCAAAACCUUCAGUUUAGCCAACGUGGGUGCAGAUGAGACUAUAGCGUUUGCCCUGGCAAACAUGUUGCGUGAAAAUAGGAGUAUUACCACUCUCAACAUUGAGUCCAAUUUCAUCACAGGUAAAGGAAUUGUGGCCAUCAUGAGGUGUCUCCAGUUUAAUGAGACACUAACUGAACUUCGGUUUCACAAUCAAAGACACAUGUUGGGCCACCAGGCUGAAAUGGAAAUAUCCAGGCUCUUGAAGGCAAAUAACACUCUCCUGAAGAUGGGCUACCAUUUUGAGCUUCCAGGUCCUAGAAUGGUGGUAACCAAUCUGCUCACCAGGAAUCAGGAUAAACAAAGACAGAAAAGACAAGAAGAACAAAAACAGCAGCAACUCAAGGAGCAGAGAAGGCUAAUAGCCAUGUUGGAGAACGGGUUGGGGCUGCCGCCUGGGAUGUGGGAGAUGUUGGGUGGACCAAUGCCCGAUUCCAGAAUGCAAGAAUUCCUCCAGCCUCCCCCUCCACCUCCCAACCCCCAAGCGGGCCCCUUCCGUCAACGGAAUGAGAUGAUGAAGAAGCCAUCACAGCCUCCACAGUACAGGACAGACCCUGACUCUUUCCGGGUGGUGAAGCUGAAGAGGAUCCAGCGCAAAUCUCGGAUGCCGGAAGCCAGAGAACCACCGGAGAAAACCAACCUCAAAGAUGUGAUCAGAACACUCAAACCGGUGCCGAGAAAUAGGCCGCCGCCCUUGGUGGAAAUCUCCCCCAGAGAUCAGCUCUUGAAUGAUAUUCGUCACAGCAACGUCGCCUAUCUUAAACCUGUGCAGGUACCAAAAGAACUGGCGUAAGAGGCAGCAGCGUAACCCAGAAGAACAAGGCUCUGAACAAUGACUCUUGGGUUGGAGCUCAGAGAUUAUUUCAGCAGCACACUUCUGGAUCCAGGAGGUGGAACUGGGAACAAAGCCAGUAUAUGAUCGGGGUGCUUUGUGACAGGCAGAAUGCUUGGCCCAUGACAAAAUAGGGGCUAAAAAGGAAAGGGGAAGGAGAUGAAAUAAUAUUCAGGGGCAACAUUUUCUACUUCCAAUCAGUUUCACUAAUGCAAGUGAAAUUCAGUCAUGUUUCCAACAGCAGAAAUUAAGAAAAAGGUUUUUUCGUAAAUGUUUGCUGUUGCUCUCUCCUGGUAAAUAAUAAAUACUGUAGUGGUGUUAACUAUUAGAUUCCCAUUUUUUCUCCUUCCAUCUCCUCUGUUGUGAUUCAUCACACUUGUAUUUUAAAGGGAACAAAUCAUGUUUGGCUAUAUGGAAAUAUGAAGGGUGAACAGAGUUCCAGUUUCUUCUGAUGUUUUCAAGAAUUGUUAAUCAGCAUUUCUCUGGAUAAUCCAUUGAGAUUUACAGUUUCCAACCCUGCCUGGCUUUCUCUCUCGGCCAUUCCCAUGGACCGCCUACUUCUGUAAGGGGUAUCUAGGAGCGCAGAACUCUUAAGCCUCAGGAUGUAGAGAAAACACCAAGAGUUUCCAGAAAAGUAACAGGAAACACAAACACUGCAUAUAUAUAUAUAUAUAAACUUUCCUGUUUCCACACCUAUAGGGACAAUGGGUGACAGUGUGCUAGAUUCGUAAAAAAAUUUAUAAAUAAGAGAAGCUUUUGGCUUUAGCUACCUGUUUAUUGUUUUGUUGUUGUUUUUUAAGCUUAGUCUGUAAAUCUAAUUUGAACUUUAAUCUCAAGUCUUAUAAAGGAAACUUGCUGUAGGAUCAAACUUAAAUUCCUUUUCCUAUCAUUCAAGGCCCUAUUGCCUGUUCCCAAUUUAGUGAUCCAGUCUUACUCACCACAGAUGCUUUAGAGACAGCUUCCUCAUAAACACCCUACCCUGGGCCUUUGCUCUCAUUGGCCCUUGUACAGAACAUCCCCAAGACUUCCCUCCUGCUCUGUUUGAAAGUCCUACCACACUUCAAAGCCCAGGUCAAGCCCCAGUUCUCCACAAAAACCUUCCGGAAAACACCAACCCCCAGUGGGCUUUCCUUCUCUUAGGUUCCUAGAGCCCUUGAUGAUCUGUCUUAGUUACUAUGUGCAUAGGAUCUGAAAUACUGUGUACAAAAGGCGUGAACCCUAGAAAUCAGGAAAUCAUACUUGGGUGCUUUUUCUCUCUUUAUCUGAGCAAAUAAUGGGAAUCUGCCUGCUUUCUCCUCUUACAGAAUCACAGGUGGUGCAUAACAAGCAAAACAGGUUAGGAGAACGGACCUAACAGUGACAGCCUAAUGCGUUACUUGGAAGAACAAGCCAUUGGGAAGAAAUAUGGUUUUUCUAUUUUUACAAGAUAAGCUGGUGUGUACAAUGGUAUUCAAAUUUAAAUACUUACAGUUUUCAAUCAAGUGAUUAAUGUUAGAAUAGCCAAUGGCCGAGUUUUGUUUUUUCCUACUUAGUAUUUCUCUAAAACAUUCUUGCAUACAAAGCAGGAUAGUUAUGAAAGGGCUGUAGUAAAUUAAAGUCUUAGGUAUCCAGCAUAUUCUAUAGAAUUUAGCUAUGAAGCUAAAUUCUGAUAGGAUAAAAUGCCAUAAACAUGUUUAAAAACUUAAUGUGUAUUAGUAGUUGAGAACUUGGAAAGCUCUACACAUUUACUUGUACAACCACAGUGUUUCACAGUAUUGUACAGCCACAAGAAUUUCAAAAAUUUGCAAAAUGAAAAGAUGAUCCAAUUCAUAGCUGACUGCCUUAGUACACAGGUUUUGUCAAGAGAUACAAGUAUACUAUUCAUUAGCUUUUUCUGUCUACCCACUCCAACCUUAAAAAUCUCACUUGAAGAUUUUAACUUGUUUUUAAAGUGUAAAUAGUUUACAGCAUUUACAUGCUGCAUUCUUCUAUUAUGCUCCUUCCAGAAUUGACCCCCAACCAUUAGUAAUUAUAAGUAUAUAUUUUUAUUCAAGUUGUCAUUUUCUCCAAAUUUCUUGCAUUUAAUCUGCAAAAUUCACCAUAUAGAAAAUAGAAGGGGCUAAUAUGUGUAUAAACCCAAUUCAUAUUUUAAAAAAGGAUCCCAUUGGAAUUCAGUUUUAUGCUGGCUGGAAUGAUAAAGUAUUAAAGUUGUAAUAAUAGUAUAGUAGGACCCCCCACCCUUUAUCUACACAGGAUAUAUUCCAAGACCCAGUGGGUGCCUCAAACUGUGGAUAGUACUGAACCCUGUAUAUACUAUGUUUUUUCCUAGACAUACAUGCCUAUGAUUGUUUAAUUUUAUAAAUUAGGCACAGCAAGAAAUUAACAAUAAUAAAAUUGAAAAAUUAUAAUAUACUGUAAUAAAGUUAUGUGAAUGUGGUCUCUCUCAAAAUAUCUUAUGGUUCUGCACUCACCCUUCUUGUGAUGUCGUGAGCUGAUAAAAUGCCUGUGUGAGAUGAAGUGAGGUGGGCGACACAGGCCCUGCGACUUAGUGUUAGCCUGCUAUUGACCUGAUGAGGCGGAUGUAUCAGGAGGACGAUCCUCUGCUGCCAGACUGAGGUCCACUACAGGUAACUGAAACAGUGGAAAGCAAAACCACCGGCAAGGGGGCACUACUGUAUUUGAAACACAAGCUGUAUUUUGCUGUGUAGUACAUCCCUGUGGUUUAAAGGGUUGCCACCAAGUUUCUCAGAUAUUUAACAGAGGUGUGCAUUAAAUAAAGUCUCACAAAAGUA